UGAAUAUCCAUUCCCAAAUUGCCAGUCGGUUUACCGCUUGUUUUGGUCCCUUUGGUACCCAGUCAGAUUAUUUACAUAGCAACUGGGUUAGCUUUUUAGGAAUAGGAAAUAGACUAUUUCGUUUGUUUAAACAAUUUCAAUAUCAGUACAGAAGGAGUUUUGACAAUAAAGCAGAGCUAUGUCUGUACGCGCAUCUUUUCACACACAACUGUCCUCCAUCAUGGAUGUACUGUCCAGGACCGCAAUGGCUCAUGUGUGCAAACUGGUUGACGACGAAUACUCGGAAAUAUCUCGAAUAUCACAAGAAAAUGAGGCUCUCACUGAAAAGCUGCAUAGUCUGGAAUGUGAACUGACCAUUGUGAAAAGCACAGCCCCAAAGCUGGCAGGGAAUUAUCGCUCCGUGGGUGUUCAAACUGGUGAAACAAUCCCCAGACCUGACAGAGGGCUGAACGGAUCUCCCACCGUUGAAGGAAUCUUUGGGAAGGAAUGGUGCCUGGAUCUAUGGAACCACGGGGACUCCAGCAACACGGGGAACCCUUCGCAGCAGUCAACGGAGGUGCCUCCAGGCCAAGCUGACGUCAAAGAGGAGGAUUUUGAGGUGGAAAUCAUAAACUCCAGUUACCCACAGCAAAGACCUACAAUCAUUCUAGACGGAGAUGACGAGCCAGUAGACAACGUAAGAGGGGAUGGCUCAAAGUACCCGUCCUUAGAUUCCUACCUCCAGGAGAGGCCGAAGAGACCGCAUGAACGACAGCUAGAGAUGUCUACCACGGAUGUCUCCACCGGACACACCUUACGUUUCAUCUCCAUCGACGGCAUGGAGGAGGAAUACGGUGAGCAUGUGUUUCCCAUCGAGGAGGAUGACGCCAACGACGCCGAGUUCCUGCCCGACGACGCCGAGCUGCUGCCCGUCGAGGGACAGGACGAACACGCCGUGAAGCCGGCGCAUUCGGAGAAGCCCGUGGCCAAGUCAAAAGCCAAGGGCGGAAAGACUAAGACUUUCAGCUACUUCAACAGGUUUAACUUGCACUCCCACAGUAAGUCGGACACCAACAAGAUAAGCUGUUCAAUCUGCAAGAGGACUUUCCUGCGUCAGAACCAUCUGACGAUGCACAUGAAGUCUCACAGCUCCCUGUACUGUAGUGUGUGUAAGAACCAUUAUCCGGGCAAAACUCAGCUGAAGAAACACAAGUGCGCCGUGGACAAUUUUCCCACGUCCAAGUACUUCUGCCAGUACUGUGGCAAGUCUUUCACGUGUCAGUCCAGCCUGAGGAUCCACCACCUGGUGCACACUGGGGAGAGACCCCACACGUGCACCGUCUGCGGGAAGGGUUUCACGCAGAAGGGCAACCUGAAAUGUCACAUGCGCCUUCACACGGGCGAGAAACCGUACAAAUGCCCCGAAUGCGAAAUGAGCUUCACCCAGAAAAUAUACCUCACGCAGCACUUGGCCAAAGCUCACGGCCAGAAGGAGGACAAGAAGAAGAAGAAGAAGGCACCGUUGCAUAAAUGUCCGAAGUGUCAGUUGUCUUUCGUCAGUCAGCAGCUGCUCCAGGUGCACAUGGCCGUUCAUGAAAAUAAAUGAUUCAUACAUUUGGUAAUUCUCUUCACAUUGAGGGCGAGUGCCUGCCCUGCUCAAACUUUAGAACCAAAUACUGUCUUUAGUGUACGUAAUACAUUAUUGGAGCAACCUUAAGCCAAGACCGAGCAACCUCGUCAGGGGGUUCAGAACAGGACCCAGCUGGAGUUGGCAGCACCCAAGUUAGCUACAGCGUGUUGUAGCCUUUGAGUGUAUUUGAUUGCACUCUUGUUAAGUCUGAAUUAUUUCACGUCACUAGCCGAGGACGCAUUAGGCUAUCUGGUGUGAAUUUACUACCAACACUUAGACCUCGAUUCAACCCCAAAGUGUGUCGUAAGCGAUGUGCCUUUCACAGGCAUUGUUUGUUUAGUUUUUAUUUUCAGGCAUUUACACUUUAAUUGGAUAGAGACAGUGGGUAAAUAUAUGUGUACCCGCCAGUGACAGUGGCCUAGUCCAACCUACACUACUUCAAAGGAAAUGUUUUUGGAGAUCACUAUUCCCUCCAAGUGCAGAUGCUGGAUCAAUCAGAAAUGGCCUUUAAAAGCUGCAGUGCCUGUACCCUGCUUUUGGAUUGAAUCCAGGCCAUAGUAAAUUAUGACGUCAAGAUGAAUUCAGAAUACAAGUUGAAGGCCUUCAGUUCAUUAUCAACAAUUUUUUGUUGGGCAGAGAACAUUGUGUGCAUGACAGUUGCACAGUUCAUGUCUAAUGUUCACCGCUACAUUAGUGGUAUUUGCCCUGCCAUCAUUCCUUCACAUAAGCUAGUCAUCUCAUUCUUUUUUAGACUCUGGAAAGGACGUGCUGGAAAGGCACAGCGGUGAAGUCACAGCUUUGCAGUACCGCCAUGUCAUUGCUAACAGGAGUUCAACACCUGGCCGCGGCAUAUCAGCUGUCCCUAGAGCCCUUGCGCGCCCCAGUGCACAUUAGUCGCUGUUGGACAACAUUGUGUUGUCGCGAUCUAUCAGGUCCUCACGGUCAUUUAGAUGCCUGCAAGCGCAAUUCUAGUUGUUGGCCAGUGAUUGUGUUCUUCAAGCGAGUAGUCACUGGUAAACACUUCCUGUGUGACAAGCAGAAUUGCCCGGUCGAUCCUCAGCUCUCACAAACCCUCUGUGGAAUGGUUGCGACGAGGCAUGGCUAUAAUUGCAGACUGGGCAAAAUGAAAUUGGGAGGACAGUUACGCUAAAGUAGUGCCUGUAACGAGACUGGUCAGCGUCCAGCUGAUCCUAACUGCACCGCCCCCGUGCUGGACCCCGGGGCGUUGUCCGCAAGCCACGUCCAGGAAAUGAAACCCUGGCCGCAUUGACCCAGCUGUCCUGUAAAGCGGUGCCGUAGGCCACAGCGCUGCCCAUGGGGCAGUAUGUUCUUUAUUAGGACAAUUUUGCAAAUCCCAUUGCAAUUGCUUUGCAACUUUGAAUUUAAUCACCACCGACAAUGAACAGGGUUUUACUCAAGGAAUGAGUCUGCUAAUGACUGGUGCAGGAUUGGCUCUGUGUGCUGGAGCCGUACUCUCCCUUCGUAGAUCUUGGUAGACAUUUCAUUGGGUAA